CCUCCUUCUCCCUCCUGCUCCUGCUGGUCCUUGUCCUUUCCUCUGUUCGUCAUGCAUCAUCUUGGUCGCUCUUCCUCUGCAGCUGUCCGCCGUGCGGCAAAGACCCCCAAGGCCGUCUUAGCUCGCGGUGCUCAUAAGGAAAUCAAGUUCUCCAACGACGGCAGAGCCUCUAUCCUUGCUGGCGUUGACGUCCUUGCCAAGGCGGUCAGUGUCACGCUGGGCCCAAAAGGUCGGAAUGUGAUUAUUGAGCAAUCCUUCGGUGGUCCAAAAAUCACCAAGGAUGGUGUCACUGUUGCCAAGUCCAUUUCGCUGAAGGACAAGUUCGAGAAUCUUGGUGCGCGUCUCGUACAAGACGUCGCGCAGAAGACGAACGAGACUGCUGGUGACGGAACGACAACCGCAACCGUCCUUGCUCGUGCGAUCUAUGCAGAAGGCGUGAAGAACGUCGCUGCUGGCUGCAAUCCGAUGGAUCUUCGUCGAGGUGCUCAGGCGGCUGUUGACCGCGUAGUUGACUUCCUGUCAAAGAACACGAAAGACAUUACGACGACAGAGGAAAUUGCACAAGUUGCAACUAUUUCUGCGAAUGGUGAUACGCAUAUUGGCAAUCUCAUCGCGACAGCCAUGGAGAAGGUUGGCAAAGAGGGAGUUAUCACAGUCAAGGAAGGGCGUACGAUUGAGGAUGAGAUUGAAAUUACGGAGGGAAUGCGUUUUGACCGGGGUUACAUUUCACCAUAUUUCAUCACGGAUGUCAAGAGCCAGAAGGUCGAGUUCGAGAAACCGCUUAUCUUGUUGUCCGAGAAGAAGAUCUCGGUGUUACAGGACAUCCUACCUUCGCUUGAAGCAGCUGCGCAGGCUCGUCGUCCGCUUCUCAUUAUUGCUGAAGACGUCGACGGGGAGGCACUAGCGGCAUGCAUACUGAACAAGCUCCGUGGUCAGCUCCAGGUGGCCGCAGUCAAGGCUCCUGGUUUUGGUGACAAUCGGAAGAGCAUUCUUGGUGACCUUGCAAUCCUCACUGGUGGUACCGUCUUUACCGACGAGCUUGACAUAAAGCUUGAUCGCGCAACACCAGAUUUACUUGGUUCGACUGGGUCUGUGACGGUCACGAAGGAGGACACCAUUUUCCUCAACGGUGAAGGUUCAAAAGAUGCUAUCCAGGCGCGCUGUGAACAGAUUCGCUCUGCACUGAACGACCCGACGACAAGCGAAUAUGAUAAGACUAAGCUCCAGGAGCGACUUGCGAAGCUCUCUGGUGGAGUCGCUGUAAUUAAAGUAGGUGGUUCGAGCGAAGUUGAGGUAGGGGAAAAGAAGGACCGUUACGAUGAUGCGCUCAAUGCUACUCGUGCGGCUGUUGAGGAAGGAAUUCUGCCGGGUGGGGGUGUUGCUCUGCUCAAGGCAUCACUUUCACUUCCGACCAGUGGAGACUCCAACGCAGCUUCGUCGUCCUCCGAGCCUAUCCCUACUGCAAACUUUGACCAAGAGCUCGGAGUCUCGAUUAUUCGUCGCGCUCUGAGCCAGCCUGCACGCACAAUCCUCACAAAUGCAGGCGAGGAGGCAUCUGUAAUUGUUGGAACCCUCGUUUCGCAGCACGGUGCACCAGAGCAAUUUGCGCAGGGCUAUGACGCGAGUAAAGGUCAAUACGUUGACAUGAUCAAGGCUGGUAUUGUCGAUCCACUCAAGGUUGUUCGAACGGCACUCGUCGACGCUGCUGGUGUUGCCAGCUUACUCACGACGAGUGAGGCAUGCAUUGUCGAGGCUGAAGAAAAGGACAAGCCUGUACCUGGUGGUAUGGGCGGCAUGGGCGGCAUGGGUGGUAUGGGUGGUUUCUGAGUAGAUUCAUCUGUUGACGUCUCUUGCAUUUAUUUUCUUUAUAUGGCUUUCAUGACGAGAAAAGUACCUUCUCAUGUAGACGAGCUGGCGUAUUUUUUGUUAGCUCGUCUUCUACGUGAUGUUUUAGUUUACAGCCCCUUUCUGUCCCCUAGCAUUAGUCACAUCCUUUCGCAUCUAUGUAGACCUCAUAAUGCACAUCAAUCCCCACUCCAUCAGUUCAGUAAAACAGGUUGCUUUGAGUAUUGAAUAGAUGACAACCUGAAGUAGUGC